AUGUCUUCUCAUUCUACAGUUAAAACAGCACAAAUACUUGGGAUCUUUUUUCCUCUGCUCAUCAUCUACUUUCUAUCCAAUCUCUCCUAUGCUGUUGAAGCUCAAGAUGAAAAAAGUGUCACCAACAUUGGAGCAAUCAUUGAUGUUAAUUCCCGUAUCGGGAAACAACAGAAAGCUGCCAUGGAAGUUGCAGCUGAAAACUUCAACAACCAGUCAGAAACUCAUGAGCUAAAACUCCUUUUUCGAGAUUCUGGCCGCGACCCCUUUAUUGCUGCAUAUGCUGCUGAACAUUUGAUGAAGGAAGAGAAGGUACAAGUGAUAAUUGGCAUGGAGACUUGGCAGGAAGCAGUUACAGUAGCUGAUGUAGUCAAAAGCAAAAACCUAUCUGAUGGUCAAGUUGUUCCAGUCAUUUCCUUUGCAGCACCAACCAUAACACCACCGCUAAUACUACGCAUUUGGCCUUUCUUGAUAAGAAUGGGAAGCGAUGUUACUGCUCAGAUGGAUUGCAUUGGAGAUAUAGUGUCAACAUACUACUGGAAAAGGGUUGUUGUAAUAUAUGAAGACGAUGGUUAUGGUGGCGGCAUUGGGAGGCUAGCUCUUUUAUCCGAAACUCUAAGAAAUGUUGGUGCAAAGAUUGAAUACCGUAUAGUUCUCCCACGACUUUCUGAGUCUACUGAUCCUUAUUGGGAUAAAGUAGCAAAGCAGUUUGAGCUCAGCAAUGUACAGUCUCGGGUAUUCAUAGUUCUUCAGUCAUCUUUGCCAACUGUAACUGGUUUAUUCAAAGUAGCUAAGAAGAUGGGACUUGUAGGAGCAGAUUCAGCUUGGAUAAUCACAGAAAGUAUUGCUAGUUUGCUUGACCCUCAAGGCAACCAUGAUAUGGAAGGUACUCUCGGAAUCAAGACUUAUUAUAACAGGAGUACUACUACUUAUGCCAGUUUCCAGAAAAAAUUCAGAACAAAGUAUUCAGAUGAAGAUGACUCUAAGCCAGGAAUUUAUGCUCUUCGAGCAUAUGAUAUUAUUUCAAUCAUCACAAAGGCCAUGAGUACUAGGACUACUAAUAGUCUUCAUGAGUCAAUAGCUGAAAGGUUGAGCAAUUACAAUGGUUCAAGUGGGAAAAUGCAACUCAAAGGAGGUGAGGUACUGCUGGAUUCUCCAAGAUUUAGGAUCAUAAAUAUUGUGGAUGGGAAGACAGAUAAAGAACUAAACUUCUGGACACCAGGGUUUGGAUUUCAUCAAAGGCUUGUUAACGUAUCAGGUACAUACAGAAGUAGUGAUGAUGUUGGGAAUGUAACUUGGCCUGGGAACAUAAGACGUCCUUCCAAAGGCUGGGCAAUGCCAACUGAGGAGAAGAAAAUGAAAAUUGCGAUUCCGAUUCAAAACAGUCCAUUUAUUACCGUCCGGGGGGAGGAUCAACCUGGCGGUUUCUGCAUUGAUCUGUUCAAUAUGGUGGUAGAAAAUUUGACACACUUAUAUUCCUUGCCACAUAAGUUUCAUAAGUUCGAAGGCAAUUUCAGUGAGUUGAUAGAACGAGUCUAUGACAAGACUUACGAUGCAAUUGUUGGUGAUAUGACUGUACUCGUUGAACGAAUCGACAAAGUGGAAUUCACUCAACCAUAUCUGGAAUCUGGUUUGGCAAUGAUAGUUCCAGAUAUAUCUGAUGAGGAGGAAACAUGGAUGUUUAUGAAACCUUUUACAUGGCAAAUGUGGGUGGUGACUGGUGCCGUCUUAAUCUACACAACCUUUAUAGUAUGGUUCCUUGAGGGACCAUCCAGUCCAGACUUAAAGGGCUCACUUAAGAGUCAGAUUGCCUUUGCAACUUGGUUCACCUUCUCAUCUUUGUUCUUUGCUCACAGAGAAAAGGUCUACAGCAACUUGAAUAGUUUUCAUAGUUUGGCUGUUUGUUGUAUUGAUCUUGAGCUCAAGCUACACUGCUAAUCUGUCUUCCAUGCUUACCAUCCGACGACUGAGCCCGAAUGUAACAGACAUUGAAAUGUUGAGGAGAACCAACUCAUCAGUUGGUUGCGAUAACGAUUCAUUUGUGAGGAAUUACCUAGAGAAUGUUCUUGGUUUCAAUCCAGAUG